CACGUCGUCUGGCUGCUUCUUGAAUAUUUUUAAAAAUGUCUAUAAAAAUUAAUAAUCCCAAGAAAUUGGGCAUUAGCGUCGCUGGAUUAAAUAUUUUCUUUACAAUGAUUGCAUUGGGCAUUAUGAUGAGAAGAUCUGAUGUGUUAGGCGCCAGGGAAGACUCGCCGUCAUAUUGGCUGUGGAUUAUUGUCUAUAGCCUUGAUUUGCUGCUAAAUGCAUAUCUCUUGUGGUGCAUGCUGAAGAGAGAUCGAUUCGGCAUCGUUGUGUGGUUGCCACUUACAGUUAUUUUACUUGUUUGCCGAGUUUAUAGCGAUGCGACUUAUGGAUUUCUAGAUCUAAUUAUUACAGUCUAUAUAUUCAUCUCAAUUGUACUUAUGGCAAUUGUCUUCUACAAACUUAGACAACAGUCAUUGAGGCUAAUUGAACCAACUCUGCAUACAAUUACCACGAAUGUGACGACUACACACACUAUUAUCAAACCCAAUAAUGUGACGACUGCAAAAACAAUUAUCAAACCUGAUAAUGAUCAAAAUAAUAGAGAUUCUGAAGCCGGCGGUAAUAAUUAGAACAGAAUAUGGAAAAUAUUUCGCCGGACUUUGUGAAAAAUUGCAU